CUCUGACAUUAUAUCACAAUAACAAUACCUCACAAUAAAAUAUUAUAUUGUUUAUGUCGACAAACGUGGUUGAAAUUAAAUAAAUUAAUAACAAACAGAUUAUAUAUUUGUAAUAAAAAUGACAGCAAUACUUGGUGGAGGUAUUGGAGGUCUAUCAGCAGCUUAUUAUGCUCUAGAAAAUCCAAAACUUGGUCCACUAAUAAUUUAUGAAGCAUCUGACAGAAUUGGUGGAUGGAUAAAAAGUAAUAGAUCACAAAAAGGUAUAUUAUUUGAAAAAGGACCACGAACAGUUAGAACACAUGGUCCACCUGGUGCAAAUACACUUCGUAUGAUUGAUGAUAUUGGAUUAACUGAUAAAAUAUUACCAAUAUCAUCAAAACAUCCAAUAGCAAAAAAUAGAUUAAUAUAUGUUGAUAAUAAAUUACAUAUUUUACCAAAUUCAGUUGGUAGUUUUUUCAAAGUUAAAUCACCAUUCAAACGUCCAUUAAUAACUAUGUUAUGGAAUGAUUUUAAAGCACCAAAAGUCAUUAAAAAUGAUGAAAGUAUUUAUAGUUUUGUUGAAAGACGUUUUGGUAAAGAUGCUGCUGAUUAUUUAAUAAGUCCAAUGCUGUGUGGUAUUUGUGCUGGUGAUGCUAAAAAAAUAAGUGUUAAUUUUUUAAUGGAAGCAUUAUUUGAAGCUGAACAAGAACAUGGAUCAAUCAUGAAAGGUUUAUUAAAAACUACAUUUAAUAAUAAAAAAAACAAUGAUAAUGUUUUUAAAAAAAAUAAUAAACCAAUAAAUUUUAAUGUUAAUUCUGUGGCACGAUCUGGAAAAGAACGUUGGGUUGCUUGGGGAUUACAAGGUGGUUUAGAACAAUUACCAAGAGCACUUGCUGAAAAUUUAUUAGAAAAAAAUGUUGACAUAUCAUUAUUAAGUAAAUGUGAAAAUAUAACAUUUAAAUCUGAUCAUGUUGAACUUAAUACAAAUGGUGAUACUAAAAAAUUUAAACAUAUUAUAUCAAGUUUACCAUCAAGUGGCCUUAGUAAAUUAAUUGAACAUCAACAUCCAGAACUUGCUAAAGAAUUAAAUGAUAUACCAACAGUUAAUGUUACUGUUGUUAAUUUACAAUUUCCAAAAAAUAAUAUUUUACCAAUAAAUGGAUUUGGUGUUCUUGUUCCACCAAGUGAAAAAAUUCCAAUAUUAGGAAUAAUAUUUGAUUCUUGUAUUUAUCCACAAAAAACAUCUACUGUACUGACAGUAAUGAUGGGUGGAGCCUGGUUUGAUGAAUAUUUUGGUAAAAAUUCUUCAGAUGAAUUUUUUUUGAAUACAGCAGUUGAACAUGUGAAGAAAAUGUUGAACAUAAAAAUUGAUCCAACAGAUUUUCAUGUUGGAAUACUCAAUAACUGCAUACCUCAAUAUGUUGUUGGCCAUAAAGAUAGAAUCAAACGAAUCCAUAAUUAUAUUAAUCAACAUGGUCUUCCUCUGUCAUUAUGUGGCUCGGCAUAUCAAGGUGUUGGUCUUAACGAUGUUAUUCUAUCAGCAAAAAAUGCCGUUCAAAAUAUUUGUUGAAUUAUUUUUGUAAAGACAUAAUAAAUAUCAUAACAAUCUU